UUAAAAACCAAAAGACACCGAGGUCAAAAUACUCUCUUUCUUUCUCUAAUGGCGGCCAAGAAGAGCACCACCUUCAAGACUACUUCUGCUCUAAUGUCUCAAGCUGCCCAUUAUCCUCUACUUAGUCCUUUCCUUUGACAUUCUUUUUAUCAAAACCUACAUUUUAUGCUCUGCAGUAUAGCCAAACAACCCACUCCAUAAAAAGAGAAGAAACUAAGACCUCCCUCUCGGUUUUCGUGUUCCACUUAAACUUUUGUCAAAAACCCAUUAUCUCUCUCAUUCCAAGAAAGAAAAAAACAGAAAACAAGAAAACAAAAGGAGACAACUUGGCUUGAACCAAAGCAAUUUCUUUGAGAUCUGUUUUUGUUGUUCUUGCCUUUGGUUUUUUUGUUUUAUACUUAUUGACUUGUUAAUUUCUUCUUCUUGGAUUCUUGAAAAGAUUUUGAAGUUGGAAGUAAAAUGGGAAGUAAAUGGAGAAAAGCAAAGUUAGCUUUGGGUCUAAAUCUUUGUGUUUAUGUACCAAGAACUCUAGAAGAUUCACCACCGCCAGCAAGUGAGAGAUUAUCUGAUGCUGCUUUGCUUUCACCUACAACUUGGGAUUCAAGGCCAAUGACACCUACACCUUCUUCACAUGGUCUAAAGUGGUCCAAGAGUGGAAGCAAAUCAUCAAAGCAAACCUGCUCAAUAUGCCUGACCAAGAUGAAACAUGGAGAUGGCCAUGCUAUUUUUACUGCUGAAUGCUCACAUUCCUUCCAUUUCCACUGCAUCGCGUCAAAUGUGAAACAUGGCAACCAAAUUUGUCCAGUUUGUCGAGCAAAAUGGAAAGAAAUCCCCCUGCAGGCUCCCAGUUUGGAUCCUCUGCCUGGCAGAGGAUCUAUCAAUGCAGUAGGGUGGCCUCACAAUGAUGCUUUGAUGACUGUGGUUCGCAGGUUACACCCUCCGCCUCGUCGAGAUCUGAAUCGGCGACACAUAGUUCCAUUACUCCAAGCUCCCGAGCCUACUGUAUUUAACGAUGAUGAAUCCUUAGAUCUCCAACCCACAUUUGCUGACAGAAGUUCUGACAAUGAAGAUGCUGCUCCUCAGAAUUCUGCUAGCACAAUAGAGAUCAAAGCAUACCCAGAAGUUUCAGCUGCAUCACGAUCCAAAUCAUACGAUAACUUCAUUGUGUUGGUCCAUCUCAAAGCUGCUGCUACUAUUACAAGACAAAAUCCAAGAAGAAACCAGGCUAGCUUGCCUCAACUGUCUCAAACUCCUCGAGCUCCAGUUGACCUAGUCACAGUUCUUGACAUCAGUGGUAGCAUGGCAGGUACAAAGCUAGCAUUGCUUAAACGAGCUAUGGGAUUUGUAAUACAGAACCUUGGCUCCAAUGACAGGCUCUCAGUUAUUGCCUUCUCUUCCACUGCCCGCCGUCUCUUUCCCCUCCGUCGAAUGUCUGAUACAGGCCGGCAGCAGGCACUUCAAGCUGUCAAUUCUCUGGUUGCAAAUGGUGGCACUAACAUUGCUGAAGGCCUGAGAAAGGGUGCAAAAGUAAUGGAAGACCGAAGGGAAAAGAAUCCUGUGGGAAGUAUAAUACUGCUAUCAGAUGGGCAAGAUACAUACACUGUGAGCAGCUCUGGGAAUAACCAACCUCAGCCAAAUUACCGGUUACUUCUGCCUUUAUCUAUUCAUGGUGGUGACACUGGAGGGUUUCAGAUUCCAGUGCAUGCUUUUGGUUUUGGUGCAGAUCAUGAUGCUUCAUCAAUGCAUUCUAUCUCAGAAAUAUCUGGAGGCACUUUCUCUUUCAUUGAAACUGAAUCUGUAAUCCAGGAUGCAUUUGCACAAUGCAUUGGCGGACUUUUAAGUGUUGUGGUGCAAGAGUUGCAGGUUAGAGUGGAGUGUGUGCACCCCGAUAUCCGCCUUAGCUCUCUUAAAGCAGGAAGUUACCCAAGUCGUUUGAUGACUGACGCGAGCUUGGGCUUUAUCGAUUUUGGAGAUUUGUAUGCUGAUGAAGAGAGGGAUUUUCUGGUUUCAAUAAAUGUUCCAGCAGAGCCUUCGGGAAAUCAAACAUCACUUCUAAAGGUGAGAUGUGUUUACAAGGAUCCUUUAUCUAAAGAAAUGUCAACCUUAGAAAGUGAAGAAGUUAGGCUUAACAGACCUGAAAUAUCUGGAGAAGCAGCAGUGUCUAUUGAAGUGGACAGGCAACGCAACAGGCUUCAAGCAGCUGAGGUAAUGUCACAAGCAAGAACUGCAGCAGAGCAAGGAGAUCUGGCUGGUGCAGUUUCUAUACUUGAAACUUGCCGAAGGAUAUUGUCAGAAACCAUUUCAGCUAAAUCCCAUGACCGAUUAUGCAUUGCAUUAGAUGCAGAGCUAAAAGAGAUGCAAGAGAGGAUGGCAAGCAGGCAUGUGUAUGAAGCAUCUGGCAGAGCUUAUAUUCUGUCCGGUCUAAGCUCACACUCAUGGCAAAGAGCAACAGCAAGAGGAGAUUCAACUGAUGGUUCGAGUCUUGUUCAAUCGUAUCAAACCCCAUCAAUGACUGAGAUGCUUACUCGAUCUCAGGCUAUGUUACUCGGUAGUCCAUCAGCUCAGAGGCUUGUUCAGCCAUUGUGGUCUUUUGGCUCACAACCAAAUCCAAGGUGACAUUUUACCAUGCGGCUACAAGUGCCUUUUUCCCUUUUUUUUUUUUGUUUUUCUAUUUGGGCUAGAAGGGACAAAUUAGAAAGAUAAGGAGAGGGUUCUUUUGACUGUGAUUUCGCUUGUAUCACAUGUAAAUGAAUAAAAACAAGGGUAAAAUGUGAAGGGAUAUAUUUGGAGGUAAAAGAAAGGUACACCUAGGUAGGGUUUAAGUCUUUUGGUGCAUUUGAUUGUGUUUUUGAAGGGUUGAUGUACAUAAGGAGAGACGGUAUUUUUAUCUGGGAGAAAAAAUGGGUAUAAGUUUGUAAUUGUGGAGAUGAAUGGGGUGAAGUUUUUGCCUAAUAUAGUUUUACCUGCUCUCAAUUCUUUUCAGAGUUCAUUC